AUGAGCGUUUAUGUUGCUCCACACUUAAAAACAAAAUCAAGCGUAAAGGAACCGAGAGAUCCAUUCACAGAGUCAUCAGACAAUCUGAAGAUAACAACAAACAGUCCCUACGGAAAACUGGACACUUUGGAGUCUCUCAAAUGCGCCAGCAAUUUAAGUUUCAGUACUCCCACAGUCAUCCAGAAGUAUGCUAUUCCUGUUGUACUUAACAACCACUCAUUACUCUGCAGGGCGCCUACUGGUCUAGGGAAGACUUUGUGCUUUCUUCUCCCCCUCAUAGAGAAUAUCAAGUACCCACAAGGACUAAAAAUCUGUGUUGUGGCGCCGACUAGAGAACUAUGCGCACAGAUUGGACAGGAGGCUAAGAGCGUAGCCAAGAAAUUGACCGUAGAAUGUGUAUACGGCGGGUCUAGAAGACUGGGUUCGUACAAUCAUGUGAACAUCUUAAUUGCUGCCCCAGGAAGACUCCUUGAUUUAUUGAACUCCCGGGCAGUGAAUUUUAGCUAUCUUACUAGUUUUGUACUUGAUGAGGCAGAUAAGCUACUUGAGAUGGGGUUUGAGAAAGAAAUAAGAUGUAUCAAGUCGUUUAUACCCAGCACUGCCACCACAUUUCUCUUUUCUGCUACUUACCAUAAGAAUCUUAGCGGAAUUAUCAAUGAAUUUCUUCCUCCGAACCGAAUAUUUGUAGAAGUACAGAACGAGACUGUAGAGAAUAUCAAACAGACAUUCAUUGAAGUGACAAAUAAAGAUGAGAAGCUAAAGGAAAUUCUUUUUAAUGCACAUCCAGAAGACAAGCUUCUUAUAUUUGUGCAGAUGAAAGUAACAGCCCAUGAGCUAGAGGGAAAGAUUAGACUUUGGGGAUAUCCCGUGGUCUCUCUUCAUGGGGACAAACUUCAGCCUGAUAGGCAAUCGGCCCUGAAUAAAUUCAAGCGUGGGGAAGUUAACAUUCUUGUUGCCACAUCAGUGGCAGCCAGGGGUAUAGACGUGCAGGAUAUUAAAACAGUGAUAAACUAUGAUUUUCCCAACGACAUUAAAGAAUAUAUUCAUAGAAUAGGUAGGACAGGAAGACAGGGCAGGAGCGGAUGUGCCUUAAGCUUCAUAAGCGGGGAUAUUGCACCUGAAAUCAAGAGUGAACUAGUGGAUAUUCUCAAGGAAAGCAGGAACGAUAUACCUGACUUUCUUGUUCGCAGCAAGGGACAAAAGAAGACCGUUUCGAAGGCCAAUGCUUCAAAAACCCAUUUCAAAAAGGAUGGAAGAAGUAGUGGACGUAAAAUAGACAGUAUUUCUAGAGAAAUUAGAGACUUGACAAUUGAUGAAGAAAAGGAGAAGGAUGACUCAGACGAAGAUUUACCUGGGGUAUGGUAA